AUGGAGAAUAGGAAUCUGACUUCAAUAUGCUUUGACCAUGACCCUUAUCAGAUUUUGCAACUUGCGAUGAGAAAUGCAGCAGAUUGGCACCAUAUUUCUGAUAAGAAGAAAGAAAGAUGGAAGACCGGGUCUAAGAGACACAACAACCCAUGUUGUUUUUUAAGGUUGUUUCUCGGUUGGUUCUUAUGGGUCCAAUGUUUGUGGAUUCUUCUACUCCCCACCUGUGUGAAGCCAGUUUUGGGAGAUGAUGAGCGUUGGGAUGGAGUGGUUGUGACAGAGUCAAAUUUCUUAGCACUUCAAGCAUUCAAGCAAGAGUUGAUUGAUCCCAAAGGCUUCUUGAGGAGCUGGAAUGACAGUGGUUAUGGAGCUUGUAAAGGAGGUUGGAUUGGUAUUAAGUGUGCUCAGGGACAAGUUAUUGUGAUCCAGCUUCCAUGGAAGGGAUUGCGGGGACAUAUCACAGAGAAGAUUGCCCAACUUCAAGGGCUCAGAAAGCUUAGUCUUCAUGAUAACCAAAUUGGUGGUUCAAUCCCUUCAGCACUGGGACUUCUUCCCAACCUCAGAGGGGUUCAGCUAUUCAACAAUCUCCUUACAGGGUCCAUACCUCCUUCGUUAGGUUACUGCCCUUUGCUUCAAUCUCUUGAUCUCAGUAACAAUUUACUCACAGGAAAUAUUCCUGAUAGCCUUGCCAAUUCCACUAAGCUUUAUUUGCUUAACUUGAGCUUCAAUUCCUUAUCCGGUUCAGUACCAGCUAGCCUAACUCAUUCAGUUUCUCUCACAUUCCUUUCUCUUCAACACAAUAAUCUCUCUGGCUCCAUUCCUAACUCAUGGGGUGCUAGUCUGAAGAAUGAUUUCUUUCGGCUUGAAAAUUUGAUCCUAGAUCAUAACUUCUUCACUGGAAAUAUUCCUGCUUCUUUGGGCAGCUUAAGUGAGCUCAAAGAGAUUUCCCUCAGUCAUAACCAGUUUAGUGGAGCUAUACCAAAUGAAAUAGGAACCCUUUCUAGGCUUAAAACAUUAGACUUUUCUAAUAAUGCCUUGAAUGGGAGCUUGCCUGCUACCCUUUCUAGUUUAUCCUCACUUACACUGCUGAAUGUGAGGAACAACCACCUUGACAAUCAAAUUCCAGAAGCUUUUGGCAGAUUACGUAAUCUUUCUGUUCUAAUUUUGAGCAGAAACCAAUUUAGUGGUCAUAUUCCUUCAAGUAUUGCAAACAUUUCCACGCUUAAGCAGCUUGAUUUGUCACUGAAUAAUCUCAGUGGUGAAAUUCCAGUCUCCUUUGACACUCAACAUAGUCUUAAUCUCUUCAAUGUUUCUUACAAUAACCUCUCAGGUCCUGUUCCCACUCUACUUGCCAAGAAAUUUAACUCAAGCUCAUUUGUGGGAAAUAUUCAACUAUGUGGAUACAGCCCUUCAACCCCAUGUCCUUCCCCAGCUCCACCUCCUGAAGUGUCAAAACACCACCAUUAUAGGAAAUUAAGUACCAAAGACAUAAUUCUCAUAGUAGCAGGAGCUCUCCUCAUUGUUCUGGUAACACUUUGUUGCAUCCUGCUCUUCUGCCUGAUCAGAAAAAGAGCAACAUCAAAGGCAGAGAAUGGCCGAGCCACGGGGAGAGCUGCCGCUAUGAGGACAGAAAAAGGAGUCCCUCCUGUUGCUGCUGGUGGUGAGGUUGAAGAAGGUGGUGAGGCUGGAGGGAAACUAGUCCAUUUUGAUGGACCAAUGGCUUUUACUGCUGAUGAUCUCUUGUGUGCAACAGCAGAGAUAAUGGGAAAGAGCACCUAUGGAACUGUGUAUAAAGCUACAUUGGAGGAUGGAAGUCAAGUUUCAGUAAAGAGAUUGAGGGAAAAGAUCAGUAAAAAUCAGAGAGAAUUUGAAUUAGAAGUUGGUGUUCUAGGGAAAAUUCGACACCCAAAUCUUUUGGCUCUAAGGGCCUAUUACUUGGGACCCAAAGGGGAAAAGCUUCUGGUUUUUGAUUACAUGCCUAAAGGAAGUCUUGCUUCUUUCCUACAUGAUCGUGGACCUGAAACAUCCAUUGAUUGGCCAACAAGGAUGAAAAUAGCACAGGGCAUGACUCGUGGCUUGUUUUACCUUCAUUCCCAGGAGAACAUUAUACAUGGGAACCUUACAUCAAGCAAUGUCUUGCUUGAUGAGAAUACAAAUGCUAAAAUUGCAGAUUUUGGUCUUUCUAGGUUGAUGACAACUGCUGCUAAUUCUAACGUGAUAGCUACUGCUGGAGCAUUGGGCUACCGUGCUCCUGAGCUCUCAAAGCUUAAGAAAGCCAACACCAAAACUGAUAUCUACAGUCUUGGUGUUAUUUUGUUAGAACUCCUAACGAGGAAGUCACCAGGGGUGUCUACCAAUGGUGUAGAUUUACCUCAAUGGGUUGCCUCUAUUGUCAAAGAGGAGUGGACAAAUGAGGUCUUUGAUGUGGAGUUGAUGAGAGAUGCACCAACAGUUGGUGAUGAGUUGCUAAACACAUUGAAGCUCGCUUUGCACUGUGUUGAUCCUUCUCCAUCAGCAAGACCAGAAGUUCAGCAAGUGCUCCAGCAGCUAGAAGAGAUUAGACCAGAGAGAUCAGUCAGUUCUGGGGACGAUUUUAGCACCAUGUAG